CGAAAACAGCUGUGACCACCUGUUCAACAACUAUGAAGGGAGAUAGAUGUAUGCUAAACCAUGAUAGAUAACGGCACAUAUAAGACGAACUUUGAAUACCUAGCACAGUCGUGUUAUAUCAGUCACUGGUAACAUAAUUAUACGUUAGGUGGUAAAUUCAACAGCAGAAUGGCGGAACACCCGAACAUAUUUCUAAAGAAAACCUUUGUAGCCAUUACCGGCGCCAGCAGAGGACUGGGGAGAUCAAUUGCACUUCAGUUUGGGGCCAAGUUUCCCAACAACUCUGUCAUGGUUCUCAUGGAUGUUUUGCCUUUGGACAGUGUCAAGUCAGAAUUGUUGUCUGGGUCUCGGAAUAUGGACGUUUUGGUGAGGCAUUUUGACCAGGGAAACUUGGAAGACAAAUAUUAUUUCAAAGGCAUAUUUACAAAACUUUUACAAGAAUACAAUUUUUCACAAAAUAACUUUGAGCAAUAUAUGAUCGUUCACAACUGUGCUACCCUUUGUGAUGUGUCAAAGAAAUCGCUCGAACUUUCCGAUUCCACGUCAGUCCGGAAGUACUUCGACAUCAACCUGACCGGGAUGAUUCUUCUUAACUCGAGUUUCUUCCAGACUUUCUCCGAUUCUACAAAGUCUCGUGUCAUCGUCAAUAUGACGUCAGCAGUUACCUCCACUCCCAUGGCAUCAGUUCACCUUUACUGCGCAGCUAAAGCUGCCCGUGACAUUUAUAUGCGUGUUCUUGCCGUAGAGGAACCCUCUCUGAGGAUACUGACGUUCGCACCAGGCAUCUCCGACACUGACAUGACAAAACAAGCUGAACAAUUGUGUUUUAAUAAGACUAAUGUAGAUAUGAUAAAAAAAACUCGGGCUAAUGGAAAGAUGACGCUUCCAGAUACCCCAGUCGGAAAGCUUGUCCAGAUACUGGAAGAAAACAAAUUUGAAAAUGCCGUUUACGUAGAGAGUGACGACAUAUCUGAAACAAUAAAUAGAUAUAUGUAAAGUUAUUACAUAAUACGAACUUCUAGGGUUGUUUUACAUCAACUCUCUGAUAUCUUUAUUAUAGAUACUAGCGGGUUGAGGAUUAUGGAUUCACGUAUUACAACACAAGUAAGAUAUCACGCAAUAGACAAUGUAUAUUGUUAAGUAGAACUCAUAUAUUGUAACAAAUAUACAUCAAUUACCCUUUGCCUGGUAAAGUUACACAAUUUUGCAUAGACAAAUGUUUAAUCUUUUAUUACGUUUUUAUUAUUCAAUUUUUAUAUUCUGCAUGUAGGUAGAGGGUUUUUAAAUAUAUAUUUAAAUCUGCAUCAGCUCUAUCAGUUACUAUUGAGGCAUCCUAACUCUUAAGUUCAGUGUUAAAACCUGGUAUAGAAGUCAUGAUACAGCAGUGUAACAUAAAUGAGACACUUUAAUGCAACAGGUAUGCAAGGUAAAUUGUUUAGAAGAAUUUCUGUCUUUUCAUCUAUGGAUAUUAUGAUCUUUUACUUAGUACAGUCACAUAACUUUACGUCAACAAGUCUAAAACCGAUCCUAGAAUCAUCUCUUUAUCCAGACUAUAACACGUGUGUUUAACCGAUGCCAGACUUGUUAACUUCCUAACAGUAUUCGGAUACAUGUCUCAGCAGCUGUAGUCAAUAGGAGUGUAAUAACAGGAUAUGUGAUAUGAGGUGAGGGUUAUAAGACCACAGGCAAAUAACGUUAAAGCUGCUAACUUAAAUAUUUGCAUUUUAAAACACACGCCACAAAUCUGGGUAAAUAUGUUCAUUGUCUGCAGGUUUGAUGAUAUAUUGAGAAAGCCUAAAGCUCCAGCAGUCAACCAACGUUAGUUGCAAUGUCCAAAAACUUAAUUUGUGCUACACCUAUAUUUGUUUCUUGAAACAUUUGAUACUGAAACUUUCAUUUAACAAACAAAUCUCUAGUAUUUCUAAGUUCAUUGCAAUCAGGAUGAAAAGACCAUAUCUAACGCAUUCUUUCGUUGAAACAUCCGGAUUAAACAAAAUCUGUUUGCCUCGUAUUUUUCAAGUCUUCAAAAAUAUCCAGAACUAAUUUGGUAAGGUUGUGUUACGAUCAACUACCAGUGUUGAAAUGGUAUAACAAUACAUAUUCCAUAAAGGUAGCAUGUAUACCCUCUGUGACUUCAUUUCUUUCAUAUUGUAACAAAGUUAUACCCCGUCUUUAUUUCCUAGCUGACGUAAGCUUCCAGCCCACCAGAAUUUUGUUUCACAAUUCAUGUGUAAUUUACUGGGGUUCAUCGAGUCCUCCCAGCCACACAGUUGAGAUAGUAUAGGAGCCAUUAACCCUAGACUGACCACUCUCUGUUAAAAAUAGGGAUCUCUACGUCAUGAGUAGGGGGGGUGGGCAGAGUAGCCACUCAAUAGUGAAGAAACCCCCUCCUUUCAUCCGGGACCCUGGCCGAUGGAGCCCAAUUUGAUUGGUCAAUUAGUCAAUAGGUGUUAAUGAGGGUCGUAUAAAAAGGGGUGCGCGGCUCCCUAGGGCUUGUUGAGAUAAGGAAUUUCGCACGAGAUAGAUUGGAUUAUACACAUCAUUACCUAUUAUAGAUAGCGGCUUGUUAAACGAAGAUGACUCAAGCAGGACUAUCAGGCAGUUGGGUAAAUACAUAAUAUGUCUUGCCAUUUGUUUAGAUAAGUGUUUAUUACUGUAAUAUUACCUUAUAUAAGUGUUUCAUAAUUUCGGGGGAUUUUCCUACCUUGAAGAUUUAUAUCUUUCUUCGUUAUCUUGGGUCUUAACUAACUGUGUAUAGUUACUAAUUUCCCAACUUUAUUAAUCAACUAAAUUAUUUGUUUAGACCUUAUUAACUCCUUAUCUCAUCCUCAGGCAUGGAGGGGGUGAUUUUUAGCUGUAGUGUCAGUGGUCACAGGAGUGACGGCAGCGAUCAUAAAAUCACCACUUAGUCAUGCCUGAUUACUAGAACGACAACCUGUAGAGAUUCAUCCCAUAAAAGUGUUAGGCAGAAACCACUUAGAAUUACCACCAGAUUUGGUUUAACGUGUAAAUGUGAAGUGUCAGUCUGGAAUAGGGUAAUUCUUAUAACUUGCGUGGAGAAUAGAGAAGUGUCAACAGUGCCUCUGGAUGUGUUUUGUGUAUUCCACUGGAUUAUCGUGUAACCCUGGAACUGGAUACCGUUUAUAAAGAACUUGUGUUACUGUGCAGUUAUAUUGUGUUAUAUGCAUAAGGGAUUUAUGUGCUCACUGUGCAGUAUAUUGUGUUAGAUUCAUAAGGGAUUUACGUGACUACUGUGCAGUAUAUUGUGUUAAAUGCAUAGGGCAUUUAUGUGAUCACUGUGCAGUUAUAUUGUGUUAUAUGCAUAAGGGAUUUACGUGAUCACUGUGCAGUGAUAUUGUGUUAGAUUCAUAAGGGAUUUACGUGACUACUGUGCAGUGUAUUGUGUUAAAUGCAUAGGGC